AUGUAUGAAUUACUGGGAACCUCAAUAUCGACAUACCCCGAGCCCGGUGCGCUGCUAAUCCUGAUUCCUUUCUCUAUUAACAAUGUUCGAGAAAACGAAGCGAAGUCUCAGGAUAUCGACAUCAAAGCGGCCGCUAUACUGAAACUUGUAUACCUGGAGAUGUUUGGACAUGAUAUGUCAUGGGCUUCUUUCAACGUCUUGGAAGUUAUGAGCUCCCCCAAGUUUAUGCAGAAACGUGUAGGCUACCUUGCGGCUACACAGACCUUCACACUGGACACAGACGUACUGAUGCUGACGACAAAUCUCCUCAAAAAAGAUCUCGGCUCCCGCUAUCCUCCCGAAAUAUCACUGGCUAUAAACGGCGUGUCACAUAUCGUUUCCCCAUCACUUGCACGGGACCUCUCACCUGAUCUCCUCUCUAAACUCUCCCAUACUUCCCCAUUAAUCCGGAAAAAGGCUGUUCUUGUGCUUUACAAAUGCUUCCUCCAAUCCCCUGAGCUACUCCGAACCUCAUGGCCACGCUUACGGGAAUGUCUGAACGAUGAAGACGGUAGUGUGGUCUCAGCAACUGUAAAUGUUGUUUGCGAACUUGCCCGACGCAAUCCAAAGAACUACCUGCCUCUGGCCCCUCAGCUAUUCAGACUACUCACAGAGACGCCGAAUAACUGGAUGACUAUAAAACUGAUUAAACUCUUCGCGACCCUCACUCCUCUCGAACCGCGGUUGAUAAAGAAGCUUACACCACCUAUUACAAACCUAAUCCGCACCACACCUGCCAUGUCACUCUUAUAUGAAUGUAUCAACGGUCUCAUCUCCGGUGGUCUUCUUGCCGGGAUACAAGGAACAGAUGAAGGCGAGGAUUUAGCCUCCGUCUGUGUCACCAAGCUUCGCGGGUUCUUGGUAAUAGGAGACAGUAAUCUGAAAUAUGUCGGGCUCCUAGCAUUAACUAAGCUUGUCGCUACACAUGCGCAUCUUGUCGCGGAGCACCAAGAUGUUAUUCUGGAUUGUAUAGAUGAUACGGAUAUCAGUAUCCGCUACAGAGCGCUUGAACUAGUUGUUGGAAUGGUUAACUCCGACAGUUUACCGGAAGUUGUUGGGCGGCUCAUUAGGCAGCUAAAGCCAGCUGCUAACAGAGGAGAGGAGGAGUAUGUGGAGCUUGAAGGAGCUGCUGAUGAGAGUGAGGAGGAGGAUAUGGAGGAGGAUGUCAUGCGUGGCGGAAAACGGAAAGGCCAGCUAGUUUUGCUAGAGCUGCCAGAGGCGUACAAGAGGACGGUUAUAAAGAGGAUAAUAGAAAUGUGCUCGAGAGAUUUGUAUGUAAAUGUGGGCGAUUUUGAGUGGUACUUGGAUGUACUUGUGCAGUUAGUUAGAUAUGCACCGCCGGUUUCUUCGUUGGCCGAUGGAGAGCUACAGGACGACUCGGAAGAUUUCGACGAGGACGAAGACGAUACAGAGGCCGAGAAAGAGAAGGAUGUAGGGGAAGAAAUUGGGAGAGAGUUGAGGAACGUCGCAAUCAGGGUUCGAAGCGUUAGGGCAGAAGCUGUUAGAUAUGCAGAGAUGCUUAUAGGGAGGCAUGAUGGCAUGUUUCCCGCUGCUGGUGGAGGAGGAAAGAGAGUCCUUGGAGCGGCUGCAUGGAUUGCCGGAGAAUUUUCAAGUCUAUUGACUGACUCCCAAGAAGCGCUGAACUCACUUCUCCAUUCGUCAUCUCCACUCCUACCACCUGAUAUAUUAGCAAUUUAUAUUCAGGCAAUUCCAAAAGUCUACGCUGCCAUAACUGGUUCUGAGAAUACACCGUGGACUCCUGCUCGUAAAUCUACAGUUACGCUCCUUACCACACGCGUUAUCACUUUCUUCGAACCACUGGCCAUUUCCCCAAAUCUUGAAGUACAGGAGCGCGCCGUCGAAUUUCUAGAACUUUUCCGCCUUGCAUCUGAAGCUAUCGCCUCAACACCUGCGUCGAUGCCGGACGCAGAAGAAGAAUACGACCCCCCAUUAAUCCUCACACAGGCGAUACCAGCCAUGUUCAUAGGACAGGAACUCAACCCUGUUGCCCCACGCGCGCAACGGAAAGUACCAUUGCCGGAAGGACUUGACCUAGAUGAACCUAUCAAUCCAAACCUGCAACAGCUGCUACGGGAAGCUGAAUAUACCGAUAGCACAUUAGGAACAGACGAGGAAGACGAUGGAUUUAGGGAGUGGUAUUACCAGAAGCCGAUACCAAAGGCUUCAAAUACUCCUGCUUCUCUAGGCGUCGAUAGCGCAUCUGCAAAGGCGUUCGGCAACAGCAGUGGUAGUGGAAGCUAUCAAGGCGCCAUGAAAGAAGAGGACUACCUAGAUGCGGACAUCCUGGAACGUCGAAAACGGGAUCGAAGGGAACGAAACAAAGAUGACCCAUUUUACAUCGGUGCUUCAGUCGUAGGGGAGGGUGAGGAGAUUGAUCUUGAUAGUAUCCCCGUUAUGAAACUUGAUCUUGGGGAUGUACCGCCCGCCACUUCCCACCAGAAGGCUCAGACCAAGAGAAGACGUGAGAGGGUUGCUAUCGCGGCCGACGAGGGCAUAGCCGGUGACGAUGGUGAGGACUUUGUCGGUGAGGUGGAAGCGGCAAAGAAGAAGGGUAGGGGGCGCAAGGGGCUUCUUCAAGUUGAUUCAAGUGGUUUAAUGGGGUAUUCUCUUGAUGGUGAUGGGGAGGGAGAAGGGAAGAAGAAGGAAGAAGAGGCCAUUAAAGCUGCAAGAGAGCAGGUGGAGAAGUAUAGGAAAGAGAUGGAGCUGGCAACAGAGCGGGUCAAAGCCCGUAAUAGUCUCGAGAUUCCCAAGGUGAAGGUGAAAAAGGUGAAAGAAGGUGGCGAAAAGAAGGUCAAGAAAGUCAAGAAGGACAAGGGAAAAGAAAAAGAAGGCACAGAAAAGAAAAAGAAAAAGAAAGACACCGAAAAGGAUGAAACUGGUGCUGAGGCUGGUGUUGAAGUAUAA